AUGAUAGCCCUGGAAUAUUUACUUCUUUAUGCUAUAAUAUUCGUAGUAAUAUGUGUGAUUUCGUUUUCUGUAAUAUUGUAUAUAAUAACGAAACCAUAUCCCAAAAUAUGGCGUGAUGAAAAAGAGAAAUAUUUCUUCAAUCCAAAGACAAAAUCUACAGAAGUGUUUCCAUCAUUAUAUGAUAAUUGGAGCAUACACCUGAGUGUCAUAGUACCUGCGUAUAAUGAAGAACAACGAUUGCCACUGAUGUUGGAUGAAUGUUUGGAAUAUUUAGAAGAACGUUUAAAAAAUGGAUGUACUUAUGAAAUAAUUGUAGUUAGCGAUGGAAGCACUGACAAGACUGUGGAGAUUGCACAUAAAUAUGCACUAAAAUAUAAUACUAUUAGAGUAUUAAAUCUUAUUAAGAAUAGAGGCAAAGGGGGUGCAGUAAGACUAGGUAUUUUGAGUGCAAGGGGCAGUGCAAUAUUAUUUGCAGAUGCUGAUGGUGCUACCAAAUUUGGGGAUCUAGAAAAAUUAGAUAAUAGUCUGAGAUCUAUUUUAGGAUUUGAUUACUUGAAGAAACCAAAUGAAGUGAGUUCAGCAGAUGCAGUAGUAUGUGGAUCCAGAGCUCAUUUAGAAAAAGAUGAAACUGCCAAACGAACUUUUUUCCGAUUAUUGUUAAUGCGUGGCUUUCAUUCCUUGGUAUGGUUCUGGGGAGUAAGAGGUAUUAAAGACACACAGUGUGGCUUUAAACUUUUAACACAACAUUCUGCAAGACUUAUAUUCCAAGCCUUGCAUGUUGAACGUUGGGCAUUUGAUGUGGAAAUGUUAUAUAUUGCACAAUCUUUAAACAUUCCUAUUACUGAGAUUCCUGUAACUUGGACUGAAAUAGAAGGUUCUAAGAUUGUACCAUUUUGGAGUUGGCUACAAAUGGGCAGAGAUUUAUUUUUCAUUUGGUACAAAUACCGAAUUGGAGCAUGGAAAAUAAAAACAUCUAAACAAACUUAA